CACGCGCUCUCUGCGUAUACGUAUAUUGACAAGUGAGAGUUGUUGCUGAUAUUUCCGACAAAUAAAAGGAAAAGCGAUAAAGCUUCUCUCUCUCUCUCUCUCUCUCUCUCUGUGUUCGCGUGUGAAUAAAAUAAAAAAUAAAAAUUGUGACUACUGUUGGUGAUAUACGUGAAUGAUACACAACAUCUAGUCUGCAAAAAGUUCACGAGUGUUGUUUUUUUUCUCGACUCGUACGUAGCGCACGUAUAUAGCGUGCAUAUGUAACGAGUCAGACGCGCGUACGAGCGGCAAAGCGUAAAGGAAAAGAGAAAAAAAAUUUGUGAGAGCGAGACAGACGUUAGAUAUAUGUGCACGCGCCGCGCACAAGUGAUAACAACGACGUAGGCCAAUUUGAUGGCUCCGCAGCCUGUACGUGUGCGUCUGCUGUGCGUGUGUCGGCCUAGGAUCGUUAUUAUCGUUGCAAACGAGUGACUCGUGCGCGGACGAUCUUUGGCGCGCAGCGAGAGAGGCUGUUGUCGUUGCCGACAAGUGGCCGCGCAAACAGACUCGCCGCAACUUAUACCUCCUAUCGCUCCUUCUGCUGUCUACACGUUUGUGCGAUUGCUGCGGUGCUAACGCAUCGCGAUACACGCAUACGAUACAUACUUGGCAUUACUGCGGACUUGUUGUGCAGAGCAAAUAUAGUGCAAUAGCACGUGGAACGGACAUAGACAUAAUAAUAGUGAUCGUCACGAGCGAGAAAAAAAGCUCUCCCAUUGUGGCGUUGUUUUUUUUGCCAGCCGUGAUCGUUACGAGUCGUCUCGAAGAUAAAGAUAGAAAAAGCCUGAGUCGAUCGAAAGCCAAGAAUAAUCCAGAUCAUUAAUCGUUAACGCGAAUGAGCGAAAUGCUGAGCAGAUUCGGCCUGAUUUUCGUAGCUGGUUGCACGAAGACGUCGCAAGCUCGAUCGAGCGGUUAAGAUGACCGCGCGCAUACACAAUUCAAAGAGUCAUCAGCAGCAGCCAGACAGUAGUUGUAACAACAGCAAUAGCAGCAACAGCAGCAGCAAAAAAGUCCAAUUGAGCAACGGUAACUCAGCCAGUGUCGCAGCAGCGGUAGUCCGUCUACAGCAGCAACAGCACCUGUACUUGGACGAGACAAGCUCGAGUCCUUGCACAAGCCCCAGCCCGAGUCCGAAACUCGUCGAAGGACGUAGAGCGAACAAACCACUAAUGGAGAAACGACGCAGAGCCCGCAUAAACCAGUCUCUGGCGGCGCUUAAGGCCCUGAUACUCGACAGCGCCCGCCUCGAGAACACGAAGCACAGCAAGCUCGAGAAGGCCGACAUACUCGAGCUGACGGUGAGGCAUCUGCAGAGGCAGCGCUCGCUGGCCCAGCCGGGACUGUCCAGGUACAAGGCUGGAUAUCAGGAUUGCUCGAGAGAGGUGAGUCGUUACCUCGAUGCACCGGACAUUAUAACCGGCAACACAACACCUCUGGAUCCGGCGUUCAAGCAGCGAUUCAUUCGACACCUCGACAGUUGCGUCUCGGAGCUCGACUUGGACCUCGGCUCGAGGCCGGACUCGGGUCUGGGCUCCAGCCCCGGAAGCGUGACGGAUCGCGUCCUCGGGCCCGGCAGUCCCUUGCCCCUCGACCCGGCCGCUCAUCAUCAGCAGGCGGUCGCCGCAGCGGCCGCGGCAGCCGCAGCAGCAGCCCACUGCAACGCGGCGGUCGCUCUCGGCUCGGCGGCUCUCAUCAAGCAGGAGCUGCCCGAGCUGGAUGCCGCCGCCGCCGCAGCCGUGGGCGUGUCGGGCCUCGCUGCAUCCGCCAGACCGGACAACGGAGCCGCACCCAUCCCCGGCGACGAGAACAACAACAGCAGCCGACCGACCUCGGCUUUCGCGCAGAUGCACGCCGCGGCGGGCGUCCUGCCACCGGGUGUUCCGCCGCCGGUGAUCGAUCCACAGGCUGCGGCUUCUGGUAAUCAGCCGCCCAGCAAUAUGCUGUCGGUUGUACAGGUUAUUCCAUCUCGUCUGCCCGAUGGCCAAGUGGUUUUCCUCUUACCGAGUCACUACGUACAGUUGGCAGCUGCUGCAGCCGCCAACGGGAUCAACAUCGGACCUAAUCCACCGACGGCCAUAUGGGCAGCCACGAACAUGUCGCUGCUCAAACAAACCGACAAGUUGCUCAAGAGGCCGUUGUGCGACGAAGCCGAUUGGCCUCUCGACCCGAUAAGCAGCAUGACCAACGGUAAGCCCAGCAAGAUUCCAAAAAGCGAGGGCGAGCAGCCUCUGGACUUUACGACGAGCAGCGUUAAAAAGCUCAAAGCCGCGGCGGCGCGACUCGUGGCCCAGCAACAGGCCGAGACGUCAUGCGCCGACAAGCAGAGAUCGCCCACCGCGGGGGUGUCUAGUCAAAGCUCGGCUGCCGGCGAGGUCAAGGCCGAGGCGAUGAGCGACGCGUAUCAUCACCAGCCAGGAUCUCAUAGAACGAUACCUUACGAGGCGCAUACGAAAGAUGAGGAGGGUAUGUGGAGGCCAUGGUAAAUUCAAGUCUGACAACAAAAACGAUCUAUCCGUUGUUUAAUUACGCGAAAUAUUCAUCGUGCGCUCUUACGGACACUCGUAUAUUAUACCUAUAUCCUCGAGUGUCGUUCGAAUCAUCUUUACGAUCGUUGUAAAAUAAUUUCUUCGUGUGUCAUGUAUCGAGGUAAAUACUUGUAGAAAUCGAUCUAGAAUUACUAGUUUACUGACUUGGCACGUUGAUGUUAAGAAACGUUUUAACGGAUUAUUUAUUGAAAGUUUUAAAUCGAACUUUACUGAUAAGUGAAAUAUUUAUAACCAUCAAUGUAAUGCCUUUUGUCUUCCUUAAAAACCAGCUUUGCAUUGCUAUUGGAUAUUGCUAUUGUAUGAUAAUAUAAUAUAAAACAAAAUACGCAUCGUCGAGCAUGCGAUGUUUCUCUUUCUAUAUAUAAAUAAGGUAAUGAUACCGAGUCGUUUUUAUUUUUUACCGAUUUCUUAUAAACACACGGCUUUAGCGAGUUUUCAAAAAAUUCGGUAACAGUAGAUUUGAUCGUGUUGCGGUUAUGCGAUAGAGCUGAAAUUUCUGAACGUUUGGAUGGUCUUGUUAUACUUUGUUAAAAAAAUAAAAUGAAAAAAUUUCUAUUUAAUUUAAAAAAUUGAAUCUGAAAAUAAAAAAAAAAUGAUAGAUUUCCGCUCUAUCGCCAAUAUAUGACUGAACGAGUUUCUACAGUUAUUGUAUGCGAAUGUACACACUGUAAUAAAGUAAUCGGUAUAGUUAGUAUAAUAAACAAGUACGCUGUGAAAAUUAUUAAGAAGCUUACCAAUACACAAACUAUUUCCCUAAGAGAGUAUUAAAUAGAAUAAUUUUAAAUAUUAUCGUACCUUUACGUUAUGGAUAUAAUUAUUAUUUAGAUUUACAUUGCGCUUUGUAAAUAAAUCAAUUAUAUAUGGUAAAACAGUAUAUAAUGAUCAAUAAAUUAACCAAUAACACCUAUUAUUAUUUAUCGAUAAAGAUAUACAUACAUACAGGUUUAUUCUAAUGUUAUCUAGGUGUAUAUGAAAGUUAUGUUCAGUGAAAGGAUGAGUGAAGCUAUUCGUAAUAUUGUAUAUUGUUUGAUGUCGUUGAUAUAAAAGAAGAAAAAGUUGUCAAAUACCCCAAAAUAAUGUUGGUGUAUAUUUCAUUGUGUGAUAAUUAGAAUUUAGGCGAAUCAAUUUACUGAAUACCUAAUACUGUGUAUAAGAAUAAAAAAAUUCAAUGUGUAUUAGCGAUUAAUUUGCGCAUGAAUCAUAUUUUAAGCAUAUAAUUCAUAAGUGUAUCUGUUAUUAUAAUGGCUAAAAAAUGCAUAUUCAUUUUGUGAAAUUGUGGUCAACACCCACCAUUCGAUGUACUUAGUAAAACAGUCAAGUCUUGCUGAUAUAAAACAUCUUUAAGCUAC